UGGCGGAAGGGGAGAAGCGCUGAGUUUCAUCUGAGUUCUUACCACAGCUGUAGAACCACCUACAACAUCGUUUCUCUCCGUCGAGACCUAUCCCGAGGCGAUGGGGAACGAGGCCAGCAUGGAAGGGGAGGGACAGGCGGGACAGCCCGGCCCCGCCGUCCCUGCAGCGGGGGCUCCGGCUUCCAUUUCAGCACCACCGGACUCUGGACAGCUCAUCAAGCCGAGCAAUGGAGCGCCUGUCGGAGGAAGCGGGGCUGUUCCCGGGCCGGGGAUUAACAGACCACCUCCAUCAGACCCAGGACCUAAAGCAGGAGUACAGAGUGAUCCUGGGACAGGUGAUAGGUUGGCCUCUCAUGAAACCCGUCAGCAUGCUUCACAACAGGGAGAGCCAGGCCAGGGUCAUGUGGCCAGAAAGAGUCUACAGGUGGAUUUGGGGAGCAGCAGGACAGGGAGGUCCCCCUCUGUGUCCCCUGACCGAGGCAGUGUCCCCAGCUCCCCUUAUUCUGUGCCACAAAUUGCACCCAUGCCCAGCAGCAAACUGUGCCCCGUCUGUAAAACCACUGACCUGAUGGGCACGGGAGAUGACAACGUCAACACCUGCACACAGUGCCGCUCCAUGGUGUGCAACCAGUGUGGUUUCAACCCCAACCCUCACCUCACAGAGGUUCAGGAGUGGCUCUGUUUGAACUGUCAGAUGCAGCGAGCGUUGGGGAUGGACAUGACCACACCACGUUCUAAGAGCCAGCAGCAGAUACACUCUCCUCAAGCAGCCAAACCUGAACUUAAUCCUGAGGCUCCUACUCAGCCUGCACCUCAGACUCAGCCCCCUCCUCAGAAACAGCCUCCAACACAGGCCCAUCCAGCGCCCGCUCCAGUUAAACAGGCUGGUCCAGCUGGCCCAGUUCAGCAACAUGCUAAGCUCCCUCCAGGGGCAGUCCCUCUCCCUGGCAUGGCCAAGGCCCCGUCCCAACCUGAUCUGUCUCGCAACUCCCCCGCCCAUCAACCCCAGCACCCUCGCCAGGACCAGACACGCAGCGCAGGGAGCUCCCCGUCACGACAGCCCCCACCUCCAGAGCAGACUUUUGGGAAGCUGUUUGGCUUUGGUGCAUCUCUUCUAAACCAAGCUAGCACUCUUAUAUCUGAGACCACUCAACCCCAACAACAGCCCCCGAAGCCGGCCCCCAAGCCAGGAGGAGCUCCUGGUCCGGGGCCGGGGGCAGGUAAACCCUCAGGACCUCAGCCUGCACAGCAGCAAGGGCCUCGAACUCUUACUCAGCAUCAAAAUCUACACGCUCCCCCGGACUCCUCUAAACCCAAAGCCUGUUGUCCUCUCUGCAAGACUAACCUCAACAUCAGCAACACAGCAGAACAACCCAACUACAACACCUGCACACAGUGCCACCAGCAGGUGUGCAACAUGUGUGGAUUUAAUCCCACGCCACACAUAGUAGAGAAGAAAGAAUGGCUAUGCUUGAAUUGCCAGACGCAGAGGGCUCUGUCAGGAAGCUUGGGAGAUAUUCCAGCUCCUGUUGCACAGCCCGGAUCCCCCCGACCACCUGCUUCAGCCAAUCAACAACCACCUCAGCAAACAGGGCCAAAUCAACUCUCAGGGCCUAAGCCCACAGGUCCUCAACGACAACAGAAAGCACCGGGUCCCCAAGUAAGUGGCCCUCUUUCUCCUGUGAAACAGGCUGGGCCCACUCCUAGUACUAAGGGGCCCAGUCAAGCUCAAACCAAGAGUUCUGCCCAACCCCUUCCCCCCCCUAAGGCUUCCGCUCAGCAAUCUCCCCAGGUCAAAGGUCCGUUACAACCCUCAGGUCAAAGUAAGGGACCUCAAAUUAAAGGUCCCAACCAUUCCAAUGCUCAAAGUAAGGGUCCUGUUCAGUCUGCUAACCAAAUUAAGGGUCCCAACCAGGCCAAAGGACAGACUCAGACUAAAGGAUCUGUUCAGCCCUCAGCUCAGACUAAGGGCCCCUCUCAUCCCUCUGGUGCCAAGGCUUCAACCACCCCUGGUAAAGCCGCACCCAACCAUGCUAAGGCCUCACCUACCGCAUCAAAAACAGCUCCCACUCAGUCUAAACCCACAGGUAACAUCCAGAACCGCAAACAGCCGCAGAACCAGGAGAAGAGUAAAGGCUCAUCCAAAUCUCUAAAAGAAGACACCAAGGCCUCACCAAAGAAAGCAUUGUCAGAGACUGUCUCUUCACCAAAAGACAUCAAGAUAACUGAGGAUGCACAGAAGUCAACACACCAUGAAGAUUACAACAAAUCAAGUACACAGAGUUUAAGUGACACUGGCUACUCCUCAGAUGGGAUCUCCAGCUCUCAUGGGGAGAUUACCGGCCAGAUUCGGGAAGAAGGAAUUAAGCUCAAUGAAAGGGGAGCUUCCAUACCCUCAGAAAUCACCAAGCUAGAGAGCUCCAUGAAGCCUCUACUAGAAUCAAAGACAGCCUCAGACCAGAAGCACAGGCCACAUUCACUGUCUGUUGGACAUGAGCGAGAUUACAAUCCAAAUGAUGAUGGAGCAAGGGAUGAAUCAGAAGAUGACCUCAGUUGUAAGCUUCGCCAUGAUUAUGUGGAAGACAGCAGUGAAAGCGGUCUCUCACCAUUGCCAGUAAGACAGAAAAAGUCACAUAAAGAAGUAACAGAUGAGGAAUUCAUGAGGAGGCAAAUUAUGGAGAUGAGUGCUGAUGAAGAGGAGUUGGAAGAACAUGGAAACCAGAAGAGUAAAAGGGCGCAUAAAACAAGUGGGGAUCUGAGCAAGGAAAGACGACGACUCUCUCACCAGUCAAAUAGUUUUGAGGAAGAUACCAAGGCAUCAGAAGGUGCUUAUAAGGUAAAUGAAGAAGAAGAUGUUGUAAUGGCUGGGGGCCUUCGGCGAUUUAAGACUAUUGAGCUGAAUAACACCAACAGCUACAACCGAGAAAUGGAGCUCAAUACUGAGCAUGACUUGCGAGAACCAGAGCUUGAGAUGGAGAGUCUAACUGGUUCUCCUGAGGAGCGUUCCAAGGGAGAAUAUUCAUCUACCCUACCUGCUACCACUCCUAGCUACACUUCUGGAACAUCUCCCACAUCUGUGUCAUCCAUGGAGGAUGACAGUGACAGCAGCCCCAGUCGUAGGGCAAGAUUAGAGGAGGCAAAGCAGCAGAGGAAAGCUCGACAUCGGUCUCAUGGGCCACUGCUGCCUACUAUUGAGGAUUCAUCUGAGGAGGAUGAACUCAGAGAGGAAGAAGAACUACUUCGAGAACAGGAACAAAUGAGAGAUCUAGAGCAACAGAGGAUUCGAAGCACUGCACGAAAAACAAAAAGGGACAAAGAAGAGCUAAGGGCACAGAGGCGCAGGGAAAGAUCCAAAACUCCCCCAAGCAAUCUCUCUCCUAUUGAGGAUGCAUCACCAACCGAAGAACUGAGACAGGCUGCAGAGAUGGAGGAACUUCACAGAUCAUCAUGUUCUGAAUACUCCCCAUCUAUGGACUCGGAAGCAGAGGGCUUUGAGAUUAUUGGUGGAAAACUUUACAAAUCCGGAAAUGAAUAUAACCUUCCAACUUUCACAUCACUCUACUCCCCCACAGAAAAAACAUCAGCAAUGUCACCAUCAGAUAAAACACUUAAAAGUGCAGAGGAGGUCUACGAGGAGAUGAUGAAGAAAGCCCAGCUCAUGCAGAGGCAAGGACAAACAGUUAAUCAACACAAAGGUUCUUCUCAACCUGAUAGUAAACAUCAUCUUGAUGCAGGAACAUCCCUAACCCCUGGCUCAAGUCCAACGCAAAUUACAGCACCAAUGUCCUUCUCCACAACAGGUAGUGAUCCAAGAAUUCAUGCAGCUCAGCAUCUAUCUAAAGAAACACAAAAUAGGAUGAUGACGCAGAGUGCCAAAAUUGAAGGUGUUGUUGGAGUUGCCAUGACCAAAGCACAAGUUAGCCAGACUACCACCACAAAACAGACAGGUAACACAGUGCCUGCUGGCAACAGAGCAAGUUCUCAGAGGCCAACACAGGCAUUGCCUGAUCCAGGAGCCUCCUCCCUAACCUCCAAAGUCUUUUCCCUUUUUAAAGGUCCAAGCCCCCCAGUCUCUCCCAUUACCUCUCCAGCACAAAGUCCAACGCAUAUGCCAUCUGUAAGGCCCACUGGUGGUAGUGGCAGACAGCUGCCCUCUUUGCCUGGUGGUCCUACAUCAGCAGCAGCAGCAUCUCAUGGAGCUCAAACACCUCAAAGGGCAAAUUCACCACGUCUUGCAAGACAGCGGUCCUCACAAGAUUCACCAGUGAUGGUGAUAACACUAGGCUCUGAUACAACUACUCCUGCCAAGCCACUUACUGUAAAUUCUUCUACUUCCCCUCUGUCAUCACCAACACAGGCCAGUUGUAAAACCUUGUAUAGCUCAAAGCCCACUGGGACAAGUUCCCCAACAUCACCACAAAUGCAUCCAUCACAGCAGUCUCCAAAACAUUAUUCACAUAUGGACCAGAAUGUUGAAAAAGUAAAUGUUGGUAUUAGCACCGUGACCACAACUGCACAAAGCCUGUGUAAAAUCUCCAAUAUUCAAAGCUCUUCAAAGAAUCUUGGUCACAGUCAAACACAUCAAAACACUAAUGUGGUAGAUCUGAGGGCCCCAGUGAGGCCAGCUCCAAUUAUAAUGACGGACCAGGGUAUGGAUCUAACAUCCCUUGCCACUGACACAAGAAGAUACUCUUUAGGAACAGAACAGCCAUCUGUUCGACACACAGCAGUCCAACCUCUUAUUAUGAAUCUGAAUGCACAAGAGCAAACACAUAUAUCUUUAUCAACACCCACCACAGUAAGCAUAACAGUCGCAGGUUCUAUGUUUAUGACCCAGCCCAAACAACAGGUUGUGUAUGGAGAUCCUUUGCAAAACCGUAUGGAUUUUGGGCAGGGUGUUGGAUCGGCUGUGUGUUUAUCCCAGAGUAAAACACCAGUUAGUGACCCAUCUAUUCCCAGAAUUGAUGCCUGUCUUGAGAACCUGGGUAUACAACAGCAACAACUCCAGUUACAGCAGCAGAAGCUUCUGCAGCAACAACAGCUCCUUGAGCAUCAGCUCCAACAGCACCAUCAGCAAUCCUCGUUUGCUCGUUACAAUUUAGCUAAUCAGGUUCAGCCACUGCUGAUGAAAAAAGAUCUGGUAGUGAGUCAAACGAGCAGUGCCCAGCCAGUAGUGACUGCUAGUGUCAUUCCUAGAGUGUCCCCCCAGGCCCCACCUCAAGGUUCUGGGGUUCCAGCUUCUAAUGCCCCCCAUGAAAUCUAUGGUGGAAUUGCCUUAGAGCUGAAAAACAAGCCAACAGUAAUGAACUUAUCUACAGGAAAGCCCCAUGUUAUGAUGGUGCAACUUGAUGAGAGUAACACAUCACAAGGGAGCACAGUGACUCAACUGGUAAAGCGAGAGGAACCUCCUCCCACUCCUCAGGUCUUGGAUCUUACUGGACAAAUUAAAUCAGAAAACCAAGUGGCUUGCUGUGAUGUUGUUUACAAGUUGCCCUUUGCUGGUUCCUGUUCAGGGUCAUUAACUCAGAAGCCUACAACAGUAUCCUCAGACAAAACCCCCACUACAGAAACCUCUCAAGCAGUGCAGCCUCCACAUCUACCACAGUACAAUGUCAGCCAACAACAACACCAACCUCAAACUACACAAGGAGGGCCAGAGGAGCAUAAAUCCUAUCAACCACCUGUAGUCCCCUCAGGCAGAAUCCAGCCCUCCAUGUCUGAUACUAACUUGCCUUCAAUGACUGAUGCUAGUCACUAUCAGAGUAAUGUCCAGGGUGGUCUCGCAGUGGAUCUUAGCAGCAUGAAUCAGGCUUAUGAUGGUGGAUACCUUGGUUUGGGAGCACAGUAUGGAUCUUACACAGACUUGCGUCAUCAGGGAGAUUUUACUGGCCCUUCAUUACCCCUUCGCCGAUAUGGCUCCAUGUCAAAUAUCAAUUCUGACUAUGCCUACAAUUCACGGGACCUAUCAGGAUCACAGGACACUAAUCUGGCUCAGUACAGUGCAACCACUGCUAGGGAAAUAAGCCGCAUGUGUGCAGCUCUUAAUUCUGCAGACCAGUAUGGGAGUCGUUAUGGAAAUAACCCUGAACUGAUACCAUAUGGGGCUGGACGGGGUGGAACUUUAGCUAGGCUUAACCUUCAGCAAAGCUUAGCAUCAAUAAGAGCAAACUUAUUAUAUGGCCCAGAUGGAAGAGCAACGGCGAAUGGCCAAACACUGACAAACCUAAUUAAUGCAAGACAAGCAAGUUUACGGGCCUUGUACCCUGCUGCUAUGAGAGGGGGUGAUGGCAUGAUUUAUUCUACAAUAAACACUCCAAUAGCCUCCACCUUGCCUAUAACUACCCAGCCUGGCUCUGUCCUGCGACCAAUGCCUAGAGGAAUUUACAGAACAUACCCCACAGGUGUAACUGCUGUACCAUUGGCUAGCCUUACCAGGUUACCUCAAGUGACUCCCAGAAUGCCGCUGUCCACACAGGGACCAUAUUCCUUCCCUCCUCCAAACCAAUAUCCUACUCCAGCUGAACCCCCAGGAUCUAUGCCUGAUGUAAGCAUUUCACACCAGGAAACUCCUGUAUACCUUGGAAGGCCUCUAACAACAGUUGCUCCACAAACAGCUGCCACUAUUCCACCUACCCAAACUGCAGCACACUUGGGACCCCAAAAUGUACCAGUUACUGGUAUGCAAAUCAUGUCAGAACAACAGACAGACCGCACUCAACAGAGUGUUCCAACACUAUCUCAGCCUCCAACUGUCCAGUCAGUGCAGGCCCAAAUGCAGCCACAGCAGUUACCUACACAAACUGAACCUUUAUCAUUGACUCAAACCCAAUCUCAAGUUCAACCUAUCAGUCAACCGCAACCAUUAGUUCUGCCACAGGGCCAGCCUCAAGCAACACCCCAUGGUACUGCCCUAGCACAGACUUCCAAACCCUCUCCUCCCAUAGAUUCACAGAAAGGUAAGGAGGAGGAGAAACUUAGUCAGCAACAAGAGCACAUGCUGCAGCUGGAGCGAGAACGUGUUGAACUGGAGAACUUAAGGCAGCUCCGCCUACAUGAAGAGCUUGAAAGAGAUCGGAUGGAGCUUCAAAGACACAGAGAAAAAGAACAACUCAUUGUUCAGCGGGAGAUACAUGAACUGCAAUCAAUCAAGCAGCAAGUCCUUCAGCAACAGCAAGCAGAGCGGGAAACACAGCUGAUUAUGCAAAGGGAGCAACUAGCUCAGCAAAGAAUGCAGCUUGAACAAAUUCAGUCUCUGCAGCAUCAACUCCAGCAGCAGUUGGAGGAGCAGAAAAGGCAAAAGACUGCAGCAGUGGAGGCUGCUGCUGCUGCAGCAGCAGUAGAGGCCGCUGCAGCAGCAGCAGCAACAGCAGCAACAUCUGCGCAGGGUGCAAUUCAAGGGGUUGUUGUGGGUGGAGGGCAACCUCAAGGAUUUAUUAUCUGUGAUCAGAGUGGCCGAGUUAUUCAGCAAGAGGGCCAAAGUGUACAAUUUUGGCAGGAUGGGCAAGUGGUUCAAGCUGUAAUGGCUGCUCGACCUAUUCAUAGUUCUGCAUCUGAAAUGUCUUUGAGAAGCACUGAAAAACAGGCAGAUUCCAAGAUUAUGAAAAAGCAGAAUUCCAUGCCUGGGCUGAGGGAUGGCUCAGAGGAGGAAUCAUUGAAGAGGAUUACAGAUAGCUGUGUGCAAACUGAUGAUGAAGAUGGAGAGGAUAAAUUUAUGAACAGGCGAAGAAGAACCAGACGCAUUGCAGACUGCAGUGUGCAGACUGAUGAGGAGGACCAAGGAGAAUGGGACCAGCAGCCCGUAAGGCGCAGAAGGUCUCGUGUAUCAAAGCACUCUGAAUCCAGCGGGGAGGCCAAAUCAGAAGGAUCAUCCAAAGUUGCUUCUUCUAGUAUAGCUAUUCAGACCACAAAUGAUUCGUCGUGCCAAACAGAAUCAGAGCAACUAGGCAGGAUUUCCCCUGCAAUCCACAUUACCAUGGCAGAAACCUCAAAGGUUGACCUGUUACAUUACAUAGCAGCUCCUGAAAGGACUCACAAAGGAGAGAGUCUUGCCUGCCAGACAGAACCAGAGUCUCAGUCCCAGGGUGUUGUCGCACCACAGCUCAGUGUCCCUACAACUAUCAGUCCAUACUCAACAAGUCUUCAUAUAGUAGGAGCAAACACAUCUGACUCAGGCUCUCCUAGACUCCAAGGAGUUGCUAAAUUUGAGAGGAGAAAACCAGACCCCCUGGAAAUUGGCUAUCAGCAACAACAAAAUGAAUCCCCAUCUCGCCAGCCCCCUAAAUCUCCUCAGGUUCUAUACUCCCCUGUGUCUCCAUUGUCUCCCCAUCGAAUGAUGGAGACAACAUUUGCCUCCCAGGAGAAACUUAACAAAGCCCAUGUUACACCCCAGCAGAAGGCUUUUACUGCUGAAUCACCCCAACGUCACCAAACACUACCAAGACCCAUAAAAAGUGUGCAGCGCUCCAUGUCGGAUCCUAAACCUCUGAGCCCAACAUCAGAAGACCCAGCCAAGAACAGGUUCUCCCCAUAUCAUCAGCAAGCUCUAUCCAACAGCCAGAUGGCCUCCCUGCAGCAACAGAACUCGCUGAUGAGAAAAGUAAAGAGGACCCUCCCUAGCCCACCUCCAGAGGAAAGUCCACUCCCCAUUGUUACUCCAGCCCAAAUGUACAGCUCUCCUGGCAUGCCACAGAGGGUUCUACCCAGACCUGGCCAAGGAGUCACCAAGGCGGGCUUGCUGAGUGAAUUGAAAGCGGUAGAACAAGAGUCAUCAAAGCUUCGGAAGCAGCAGGCUGAACUUGAGGAAGAAGAAAAAGAGAUUGAUGCAAAACUUCGAUACUUGGAGCUAGGAAUCACCCAACGAAAGGAAACAAUGGUGAAGGAGAGGGAGAGGAGAGAGCUUGCCUAUCUGAGAUGUAUGGGUGAUGCUCGGGACUACAUGUCAGACAGUGAGCUUAAUAACCUUAGGAUGGCAGCUGCAACAGGAACCUUUGAUGCUAAUGGUCUGCUGACGAGGCCUAGCACUGCACCAAUGAGCCAAUUUACUAAUGACCUCAAUUCAACCUCCCAGUAUCCCUCAACCUCAUCUUAUAUGUCUUAUCCUUACCCUCAAAAUCAACAAUCAAUGCAGCAGCCGGGCUCAGCUUACCAACAGAUAGGUUUCCAACCUCCCCAAUACCCUUCAUCUUCUGCACCCCAGCCAGGAACAUUCCAACCACAUCCCCCACCAGGCCCUGGCUACCAAAACCAGGGAAGCUACUCCUCUCGCAUGUAUGCACAGUCCUCCUACCAGACAGACCUUGGCAUGCAGCAGCACAGUCACCAGGGCUUCCAUGCACCUGGUCAGCCUAUGCCAGGCCAGAGCCUUCCUUACCCUAGCCCUAGCUCCUACCAACCGGGUCUCUCCUACCAGCCCCAAGCAGAGAUACUUACCAUCCAUCAAAGACCUCGGCAGACAUCCUUGGCUGACCUAGAGCAAAAAGUCCCUACCAACUACGAGGUCAUCAGCAAUCCAACAGUAUCAGUAGCAACAUCAGCUCCAGAUACCAACUUUGGCCCUGUGUACAGCAAUGCAUAUGGACAAUAUCGCCCCCCAGAGCCAGGCCUAACUCACCCUGUAGACAGCCCAACCUCUGCUUAUGCUUCUGAUGGACUCUACACCUCCAACCUGGAGCAGAAUAUUCCAAGGAACUACGUCAUGAUUGAUGACAUCAGUGAGUUAACAAAAGAAAAUACCAGCCAACCCAGUGAUGCUCUGGGCCAUCCUGUGGCAGGACGGUAUCGCAGUGAGAAUGGCCCUGCACGUGGAAGUGCCUAUGGUAGGCCUGAAGAUGAGCCUCUCGAUGCUUAUGGCAGACCUACAGGCACAACAGGUUACCAGAAUACAGCUGACAAUCGCACCAGCACCACAGUAAGUGGAGGCUCUUCCUAUUAUUACGAUGAUUAUAAACACACAUCACGGAGCAGUUCCAGUAGCCACAAACUCAAUCCAAAGAAUCUUGCACCUGCAGUGGUUUCAUCUAAACGUAGUAAGCAUAGGAAGCAGGGAAUGGAGCAGAAAAUUUCUAAAUUCUCCCCUAUUGAGGAAGCUCGAGAUGUGGAGUCUGACCUUGCCUCCUACACAAUGACAACAUCAACAGGAGGCAGCUGUACAGUUGUGUCAAGAUCAAAGAAGCUUCAGGAUGAUGCCACUUAUGGGAUCAAGAAAAAUGCCUAUGAACACCAAAAAUAUUAUGGCACCAGUCGUGAGGGCCUUGAGGAGGAGGACCGUAUGUACAGCUCUGGUAGAUCCAGGUCUACUGGAUAUGGUAUGGACAAGAUCUCCUCCAGAGAUGCCACGGGCCAUAGAAGUAAAUCCUAUGAGAGGGAUGCCAUGGAGCGAUCUCAGAGAAGCAGCCGUAGUGGAAGGCCUCCCAUGCGCCAGAACUCAGAAGAGGAGAGCCCACUUAGUCCUGUUGGGAAGCCUGUAGGCAUGGGAAGAGGCUCUGGCAUAGCUGAUGCCAGUGAUGCGAGGAACCAAUAUGGCUCCAGCCAUUCAUUGCCAGAUGUGCAGGACCAUCACAAGAAAGACCUGCCCAGGAGUCAUGUAUAUAAACCAGAUGAUCCUUACCUCGUAGAUGAUAUGCACUGUGCUGUUUCUGACAGCGAAGCCUAUCAUUUGGGACAAGAGGAGACUGAUUGGUUUGAGAAGCCACGGGAGGCCCGUUCUGAUCGCUCUAGGCAUCAUGGAAGUGGAAGUCACUCAUCCACAGGUAGGCGUAGUAAACAUACCUACCAUGAUUAUGACGAACCUCCAGAGGAAUAUUGUCCCCAGGAUGAGUACAACCAACAGCGCCACUCCUCCUCCACAUCUCGAGAUCACCGUCACCAUGGCAGCAGUUCUGGUAGACACAGCUCUAAUCGCCACAGCUCAGAUGAUCCCAGGUCCUCCCGUUCUACCAGGACAAACCCCAAAGAUCCAUCAGGCCGCUCUGAUGGUAGAAGCGCAACAUCUACACAAAGAAGGGGAUGUCCAGACUCCCGUUCUGCCCAGGCAAGCCCGCGGAACUCAGGCGACUUCUCUCGGGACUCAGCCUCUGGUCAUCACCAUGGCACUGGGGGACGGAGCCAGAGGCCACAAGCAGAUCGCACAACCUCCAGAAGGCAGGAGCCAUCUGUAGCAGGGCAGAAACCACAGCAGCCACCCCAGGGCCAUGCUGGGCAGCAGCGGUCAGGUGGCCAGGGCCAGACUGGGAGACCGACAGGCUCUGAGCAAUUUGAUGGUAACCAGCAGGUCCAGCAGCAGCACCAGCCAAGUGCACAACAGCAGCAGCCUCUGCAGCACAGCCAGACCCCUCAGAGUAGCCAGCCGCCAACAACCACUACAGGAGCAGGAACAACACAGCAACAGCCGAAAUCCAGCCAAGCCCAACCACAGGGCCGUCAACCAGGAGUUGGGUCUGCAGCAGGACAGCCGACUACGACAGCGGCCAAAAUGGAUGCUACCCCUGCAGCAACAGCCACAGGAAUAAAACCCACAACUGGAGUGCCAACAGCACCUCAGCCUAUGAAAACAUCCACACCCCCUCUUACAGGCAUUGGCUCCAAGGCAGCCCCUGUUGGGAUCGGUAGCAAACCUGUAGGUAUAGGCAGUGCUGCAGCAGGACAGCCACCUGCUGAAGGAGAAAAUGUUCUCACCAAAAUCCUGCAAGGAGGGGCAGCCGAGCAAGCUGGAAAACUUGGAGAUGCAUUAUCUGGCCUUGGGAAGAAGUUCACAUCAUUGUGGUGAACUAAAUAGAGGGUUAGGCAGCAUUGAAUUGAGAUGGACUGGUAGCUUUGUACUUGAAAAACCUAUGAAACUUCAUUAAAUACAUUUCACACCACAGAGGAAACAGAGAAAGAGAUCCUGAGCGCAUCAAACUGGAAUCAAAGGAUGCCUUGUCAGCACUGAAUUCCCCAGACAUGGGCACACAACUGAAGUGAAUUAAAUUAAGGACGGACGCUUUGUCAGCAGGGGACAGGGGGACAGGAGGACAGAAGAAACCCAAAAGAGGACAACAGCAGUAAAUAAUGAAGAUGCAGGGAAGCAUAGGAGAGAGGGGGGAGGGGUUCAUGUGCUGCUUCCUAUCCUCUCCUAUAGCAAGCCUUCUGGGAUUUGUGUGACAGUAAAAGGCAUGCUAAAUGAAGCACCUGGAUAUCUUGGGAGGAAUUCAGCAUAUUGGUCGAGCAUGUCCCUUCUUUCUAACAGCUCAAUAAAGGAAGCCAAACAGCGCCUUCAAAAGGGAUUUAAUGGAACACUUCUUAUGUCUGAGGAGUGCACAUCUGGCAAGGAUAUUUGAUUCUACAUUGAUGUCUUUGCAGCCUUUCCAACAAAAAAAAAACAGUGAAACGAGAAAAAGAAAGAUUUUCAUAGGUUUUCCUUGUACCAAAGAUACCCAUAUUUUAGCCCAAAAUGACAACACAACUGGAAUAGACAAGAUGUAUCACAGCAAUGACAACUUACCAGAUGACUCCACUCACAACCCUCGAAUGCUUGGUUUCUCUGAUCUCUGCAGUACAUUCCAGUUUAGGGAAUAUGACCCUUUCUCUGAAUGUGAUUUUAUUUCUCCUCUUUUUUUCGUGUCUACAGAAUGCAUUGUGUAAAUGUGGACAUGAGAAUGCACGCACAAGUAUUUAAAAAAAAAAACAACAGAAAAAUAGAAGCCCAUAUCAGUACUUUUUCACCACCUAUGAGAUGCCACUAGUUAAUAACUGUAGGUUUUUAGGGAAGGAAAAUACUACCAGUGUGCCCACAAGUGUGAGAUUCACACAGAUGAGAGGACCAAAUGAAAGAGUGGCCACGGCUCUUUGUUAGCCAUUGUAAAGCCAUCCUUAUAGUCAGCCCCAGAGCUGAUGGCAACACUCUGGGUCUAACUAUAAAAGGAUAGAGUCCCCUUGGAGAUUCGAUCCUUUUUAUUGAUUUUUCUCAUCUUUUAGUUUCUUUUCAUUUCUGCCUGAUAUUCACUGAAUGGAAGAGCCUUAUUCAGUACGUUUUUACUUGUAUACCUCACAUGUUUGGAACUGUCCAUGUCAUCAUGCAUUUCUUUUUAAAAAACUGUAAACUAUUGUAUGUACAUAACAAACAGAGAUCUACUUAUGUAAAUUUGUCUUCAUGUAUUCAUCAAAUCACUUUCCAGUGACUCAUUUUUUUGUUGGUCUGUGUCUUUCUUUGGUAAAACUUUAUAUUUUUCACUUUUUAUUUUUUUGGUUCUUUUUUCUUGCAUCAAAUAAUUUGCUUGUUGAUUUUUAAAAGCAAUAGCAUGCAGAAAAUGGUAUAUAGCACAAAGUAUAAAUGUUGAAAUUAGUGAUAAAAGAUAUCAAACACUUCUGUCAAUAAAUAGCCGUAAUACGAUGUUGUCAGCGGGUUUACAGCCACAGUACCACGUCCAGAAGUGCAUGUCAUGUGCAGAGGCAUAGAGCAUGCAGACAGGUACGAACACACUCACACGGGAACACUCUCUCUCUUUGUCUCUUGCAGACACACACACACACACACACACACACACACACACACACACACACACACACACACACACACACAACUAACAGUUACUUGUCAGACCCAUGUUUAAUUGUCCACUAAAUAGAUAUGUUAGCCUCCUGAGGUAACCUAUUCACCAACAAGAUCAUCUCACUAACAGUCUGGGCCCAUUUCCUCUAUUUUUGAAAAUACAUCCACACAUGCACUAACACACACACUCUUACACAAACAUGCACACACAUACAUACAGGAGAGGAUGAAAGCAAUUAUCAAUUCAAAUGUUCUAUGCAAUGACUCAUUUUGAACCUGGAAAUGAUUUAGCCUAAAACAGUUUAUUAUCAUCAUUCUAUUCACAAGAAAACAAAAAAAAAAGUUAUGGACUAAAAUAUAAAAAAAAGGUAAUGAAACGUUUUUACUUAGCAACUUGUCUGUAUGAAUUUGAAUAUUGAACUAGAAUUGUUUUUUAUUUUCGUGGCAUGUUUUGACCCCUCACUCCCCACACGGGGGAUUUGUUGCCAAAGGGUAAACUGUGUAGACUGUCGGUUUUGAAUGUCCACCAUCAUGUUGCUUUGAAGCAUGGGUUUGCUUGGCUUUGUCUGGCUGUUUGUAAGUCCUCAUUCAGUUUUUGUGCAUUUUGGCUGACCUGGGCUCCUCAGUGUUUGGCUUGCAGUGACUGUCUGUGCUGCUAUAAACCUGUGAUACAGAUGGCCAGCACUUCUCAUUAUUACUAGUCAAUGUACAUAUUGGGUGUCAGUAUAACCUGUGGGUUGAAUGGAAUGCUUCUAUCUGAUAUUUCAUUGUUGAUUAAACCACUCAGCAGCCAAGCCAUUGAAAAGGUGCAUGACUAGAUCUUAUAUACUUUGAAACUGUACCUAAAUUUAAAAGAAAAAAAAGGGAAGGCAUGAUUUCACAAAGGUUUACUGAAAAAAACCUUGAGUUUCACUGGCCAAUAUAGAGAAUAUUGAUGAGUUAAAUGUUCAGCCAGUCAUUCACAAAUCAGGGCAUGUCAUACGGAAAGCACAAGCCUGGCUGGUUGCACCUGCUGCUCGAUGAAGCGCAGAAACACGGAGGUUGCGUAACAGUGCCUCCAACAGCGUAGGAUCUGUAUCAGAACGAGAGGUAGAGUUGCUUUCGGGUCGACAUGAGGUGCAUGAGACAAAACAGCCUUCAGUGCAGCCGUCUGAUUUACAGAAAGGCAGACAGACACACAUUCUUACUGUAAAUACAAGUUCAUUUUUCUGUACAGCUUUUGAGUUUUGAGUACGGCUGUCAUCUGCAUCCCAUGCCGUAUUUGCUGCCAACUUUUGUGUACAAAAAUAAUUUAUUACCACAAUGAUGAUGAUGAUGAAGAAACUAAUGAUGAUAAUUAUCAUAAUUAUUGCAUAAGCAUAGUGUAUGUGGCUGACUUGUAUUGACUGUUUACAACAGUGGAACAAAAUUGUAUUCAGAAACAUAUCCAGUCUGUGUAUAGUUUCUAUACAUAUUGUGUUUGUAAACAAGAAGAAAUAAACCUCCACAGUAACUGCAGAGUAGAAUGUCUUUGUCAGACUAUCAGGAGGUCUUUGAUGGAUGGAUAUCAUCUGCAAAGUGAUGAGGGUAAAGGGAAGUAGCUGAAAAAAAUGAAUAAAAAAAAAAAUCUGGAAAAUGUCAUUCACUGUUGUAAGUGCAAUGGGCAAAACGUCAGUCGUGUAUCCAUUGUGAAACCUUGUGUUCUAUUCAGUGUAUUCCUGUAAACAGAUAAGAGUAAAUUUUGGUGCAUCAUGUCAAGUAACGUGAGUAAUGAAAAUAUUGACCCUGAAAUUUCCAAACAGAGAGAAGAAUAAAAAGAAAAGGAAUAUAUUGUG